AUGGAAGAGAUCGCUCAGCUCCAAGAUGUCUCCGUCUGGACCAUACGUGACCGUGUUCGAGAAAUGGAAACGCGCCGAACGCCAGCGGGAAAGCCAAACCCCAAUUACAGAGACCUCCACGAUAUCGCGAGGCAUGCCAUUCACGUGAUUGAAACACUUGAUGUGGCAGGAAAGACCAUGGGCAGCGUUUUGGCCGAACAUCAAGACUUCAUGACGAGCAGCACGGAGCCAAGCCAUGUCUCCAAAGACAUACACCGGCGACUGCUCUUUUUCGAGCACUUGCUCCUGAGCCUGCGGCAUCGAUCCGCGUCAAACAAAGAGCGUCUGCUCAACGAGAUUCACCUGGCCUACAACACCGUAGCGCAGUACGACUCGGGCAUCUCUGUCAAAAUCGGCCAGGCGGCUCAGUCGGACAGCGCGGCGAUGAAGAUGGUCGCCUUUGUCACUCUGACAUUUCUCCCGCCGACCUUCAUCUCUGCCAUCUUCAGCAUGUCUUUCUUCAGCUAUGAUGCCGACUCCGGUCACUGGUCGGUGUCGGAAAAGCUUUGGCUGUACUGGGUGUUUGCUAUACCGACGACGCUUGCGACCUCCUUGCUUUGGUUUCUUUGGCGACAGGCCCACCCGCCUGCGCUUGUCGGGACGGAGUCAGAGGACACUGGUGUCGCUGAUGUAAAAAGCGGCCUCUCGCGUAGCAUCAAGCUACUAACGGGUGGCACAGUCGCGUAA